AUUAUUCUGCUAGUGAUCGAGACACAGCUAGCUCCAGAUGCUGCAAUGCACACAUGUAUCAUGUCCAUUAUCGCUUCUCAUCUCGUAAUUUUGAGGAUCAGCAGUUGCUAGCCGUUUGAUUCUAUCAGCAUAAAUGCACAUGACAUGCAUUGUUGUUACAUCAUUGGUAGAAAAAUGUGUUUUGGCUUGAUACUGCGUCAGCCACCAAGUUAUUUAAAGUGACUUUUAUACAAACAGUACAACUAUGCUUGCGUUCUUAACAAGCCUGAUAACAUUUCUUGGUAAAAGUGCAUAAUAUCUGGUUAUUUUUACAAAUUGGACACACAAAAAACUGUAGCGUUAUAAAUAGUUUCAUAAUGCGCCUCCUAUUUCUUCAGCAGACAUCUUACAUUUACAAGACCUUGAGAGGGUGAGACGACAAUAUAUCAGUCUGUUUAUUCUGUCUUUUGGUGUAACAUGAAAUAAUAGUCCAACUGUCACUGACCGCCUAUUGAUCAAGUAUUAUAGAGUGGAUUCAAGGGGGGAUUUAAGUUUUUCUGCUUUGGUGAACUGUCUGUUUACUUGAUGAUAAGAAAACUCUAUAGCUAGCUAUAGAGAGAUGCAUGCAGUGCAAAAUCACGUUGUUAAUAAAAGAGAAAAUACUAGUUAUAUCCUAGGGGAUGUUUGUAAAUUGGGUCUGUUCUGCCUCAAUGCCUUACAUGGGAAAGAAAGAUAGAUUGUCAAACACUUGUAAUGCUUACAUGUAUUAUCAUAAAGAUGGAUAUUUUUGUAUGCUAGACUGCCUCAUGCAUACAAUAGAUAUUUGCAUAAACAAUUAGCUGUUCUGUCUUUGUUUGUACAUUUAAGUUGAAUUGUCCAGGUUCACUUGAAACUCUUCCAGUAAUUAACUUGUGGUUAAAUCUUGUUAAUCUUUUCUGAGGAUUUAAACUAGCUGCUUUGUAAAUAUGAAUUCCUUAUCUUGGAUAUUUUGCUCAGCUGAGAAAGAGUCAACUCUAUGAUAUUAAUAAAAUCUAUACAGAUGAAUUAGUAGCCUUGCAUGGCAGGUAAGGUACCCCCCGCCAAAAUCGGAUUCUAGAACUUGAGCAUGGAGCUCCACUUAAGCCAGGGUCUUGUUGAAAGGAGGUCACACAGGUAUGAUAUUUUACCUGUGCAGCCAGCAGGCAAUAAAUAUGCGGAGUCUUUGGAUUCUAAAUAUUGAUACAGGUUUUUAUUAAACUCUCUAAAAACAGAUUACUGGACCAGCGUGUAGCUAGGUUGUAUAAUUUACGAUCAUAAACUUGUUGUUGUGCAGAUGAAAUUAUUCAGUGGGUAUAAAACCUUAGGCUGAAUAAUUCAUGCAUUAUGCGUAAUGCACAAUAAUCAUGCUCUAUGCACAAGGGGUAUUGGACACUUUCACAUAUAUAGUAUAUUUUCCUAUUUCUUGUUUUCAUUUUAGUUAAUUGUAUAUGUAUACCAGGGUAUUUCUACUUUCUUUUUGUGAAAUUUAGUGUUGGAACACCUGCAUUAAAUUGUCUCUAAAGUAAGAAAAACAUAAAUUUCUUGAUAUUUGGUCUGGCUACUAUAAAAACCCCAUCUGGUUGAUAAGUGCACCGUCUGCAGAUUUUGAUAUGUGCAAAUAUUUCUUCUAGUAACUACGCUUAUUAAGUGUACAUAUGAAGGCAACCUGAUUUGAAUGAUUAUGUAAUGUGCUUUUAUUUUUUUAAUUCUGAAGGCCACUCGUUAGCAGUCAUAUAUAUAUAUAUAUAUAUGCAUACCGUAACGUGCCAGUAUUUAUGAUUUCCGGAGGACAUCUGUGAACAGAUGCAUAUGUUUAGUGUGCCUCUUUAUAUUUCAGAAAGCCAUCAAUAAACAAGGCCAUUGGUAAGCGGUUGACACCAUGAAAGCCCCCAACCACUUCCAGGCGGUGAACCUUCUGACUCAGCAGCCCAAUGUCCCCCCGCCCGCCCGCUCCCGCUACAGGAAGUUUGAUAUCUACCGUGAUGUCGGACAGUUCCGUUUCAUCGAUGAACACGCUAUUUCUGUGGCUAGCCAGGACCACAAAACCUUUAGAGAUUUGAUAUGGCACCUGGUAUACAGUCAGAAUUACCAGUCCGACCUUGAUAAAGCCAGGGCAAUCUUCCGAUGGAUGACAUGCAAGAACAUGUACACAAUAAGCUUUGCCAAUGCCCCCAAGGGAUCCCCGGAGGAAGUCUUGGAAUCCUUCAAAAACAAGAAAGGGACCUAUGCCAGGAUAUAUGAGACACUCUGUGGGUAUGCUGGCCUGUUCUGUACAGUGUUGACAGGUUUUGCCAAGGGUCUGGACUACCGCCCUGGUGACAAGUUCAAGGGCACCGAAUACAACCACAGCUGGAACGCGGUGUACAUCGACAACAACUGGUACUUGGUCGACUCCCACUGGGCCACGCGGUACCUCAUCUCUGAGAAAAACAUGCCCGAAAACCUGGCGUCUCAUCGCACCGUGGCGGUGUAUGAAUAUGAUGACUUUUACUUCAUGACCGACCCCGAACAACUGAUCUACAGUCACUGGUCCCAGAGGGAGAAAUGGCAGCUCCUGUCCCGCCCCCUCAGUCUGGCAGAAUUCGAGGACCUCCCCCUUGUCAAGUCCUACUUCUUCAAGUGCGGGAUGUACUUCAUGUCCCACCAGAAAGGGGUGGUCCCAACUCAGAAAGGGAAGAUCGCCAUUACAGUGGGGUUCGUCAAGCCAACCAACUUCACUUACAAGAUUGUGUUUGCUGAGAACGGGGACGAAACUUUUAAAGGCCAGAAGUUGAAGAGCUAUGCGCUGCAGGAGACGUCCUAUAACGAGGUUACCUUCAUCCUCCGGGCUCCAAAGUCCGGGCCUUACUACUUCACCAUCUUUGCCCAGCUGUUGACUGGAGAUAUAGGAGUGAAGAAUGUGUUCACUGCGUCUGCUGAAUACAAGAUCAUUGCAGACUCUGCUGCAUCGGAUGCUGUGCCCCUCCCCAACUGCUCAGACAGCAACUGGGGCCCAGGAAUUCCUGUAGACCAGCUUGGCUUGGAGCCUUCCCAGAAAGACGCCAUCAUCACCACAGCAGACGGCAAAGUCCAGAUGGAGUUCAAGAAGAACAGACCAGCCUACAUCCUGUGCAAACUUAGAAAGCCUGGAAUGAGGGACGAAGAUCUGGAGAGAUAUGUGUCAGAUCGGGAACAGGGCGACAGCAUCGUGGUCACUGCAAAUCUUCCUGUACCCGGAGAAUAUGGGCUGGAAAUCUAUGGCAACGACCCAGCAAAGGACGGGGACACUUACACACACGUCUGUCAGUACUUUGUCCACUUCGCCCAGCCCACGGAACAGGCCAAUGCCUUCUACCAGGAGGCUCCUAAGCGUCGCCAGGUACCACCCGCUCAACAAGCUUACAUCACCAACGGUUAUAACCCAGAUAGUGCAGGGCUAAGCCAGAACAUGGCGAACAUGAACAUGGGUGGACCGGGUUUUGGGGGUGAGAUUGAUCUAGACAGUCUUCCUCCCCCUCCCCCCGAGCUUCUACAGCAGCAGUACCUUUACGGAACAGUACCGGACAGCAGACAGCAGGGUGUAUACAGUCAGUUUGCAACCCCCCAGGGUCAGGCCUCACAAGGAUUUACCCCAGGGACAGGAAACGUACAGAUGCCUCCACCCCAGAAGGCUGGAGUCACCAAUGUUCCACCUAGUAAACCUAUUCAGGUUGAAAAGCGUUCUGUUGGACAACAACCCCCAACUGCACCAUCCACAUUUAAACUGGUGCCCGUCAGGACCGAGCAGGAAAAGCCACCACCACCGGUGGCUCCCCCGGCCGGCCCCAGUAACCUGAAGCCCAGUCUGGACCAGAUUGAUCGCCAAGUUCUACACACUGUGGAUGACCAUGCUAUACAGGUUUCAAAAAGUGAGCAUCCAAGCUUCAGAGAAUUGGUUUGGGAUUUGAUCUUCUCAAAACACAUCUCCAAUGAAUUAGAGAAAGUGAGAGUAAUCUUCCGAUGGCUAGCUACUAAGAAUUUGAAGGAGAUUAUCUUUGACAAUGUGGAGAAAGGCAGCCCUGAGGAAGUACUUCUCGGACUCAAGGAGGGAAAAACCACAUACGCUAUGGUGUUUGACACAAUGUGCAAUUAUGCAGGAUUACACUCCAGAAUUAUUAGUGGCUACGCUAAAGGUGCCGACUACAAACCUGGCAUGAAAUUCAACCCAGGAACAAACCAGCACUCCUGGAACGCAGUCUACAUCUACGGAACAUGGUGCCUGGUGGAUGCCCACUGGGCCGCCCGAAGAAUCAUAGGAAAGCCCACUUCCCAAGAGGAGUUCCACUACCAGCUAGAUGAGUACUUCUUCCUCCCCGAUCCCCAUCAGCUCAUCUACACCCACUUCCCCGACGACCAACAGUGGCAGCUGUUGGACAGGCCCAUAACAUUGGAGGAAUUCGAAAACAUGCCACACAUGAAACCCCAGUUCUUUAAGUAUGGACUUGAGUUUGUGAGUCACCGCACUGCUGUGAUUUACGGACGAGGUGAAAUGAAUGUGCGUCUUAGGUACCCAGCCCAUAAGCUUGCCGUGGCUUUCAACUUUACCGUGCAGUUUGAAAGUGGGGAGGAGGAAUACAAAGGAACCAAAUUAAACCGCUACGGCAUGCAAGAAAGUGUUGGAGGAAUUGCCUCCUUCAGACUCCGACUGCCAGUGAAGGGAUCCUUCAUUCUAUACAUCUACGCUAAGGAAGAUACCCCAGAGAACAAAGAUAAUGUGUAUGCCCAAGUGUGCGAGUAUAAGAUUGUCCAGGAAGAAGUUUCUGCCACAGAACCACACCCCUUCCCACCUUGUGCUUACCUGAACUGGGGACCUGGCACCUCUUUCUACAGGUACGGACUGGCCACCUACCAACAGACUGCCCAAAUCUUGACCAGGGACGGAAAAGCAGAGUUGCAAAUUAGGAUCCCCAAGCAGAUGCAAUUCAUGGCUAAACUGAAGCACAAUGAUCGAAACGAUGCCGACUUGGAAGGCUAUGUGAUUCACAGAAUUGUGGGAAACACUGUUUACUUCAACAUCACUGCACCAAGUCGUGGUGAAUAUGGACUAGAAAUUUAUGCCAAUGACCCAGCUACCGAAGGUUCUACGCUGUAUCAUGUGGCACAAUAUUUAGUGGAGUGUAAUGAAGAUGUAAAGACCGUUCCAUUACCCAAACUGCCUGCUGGAUAUCUGGGAGCUCAACCUAAAUUUAAUGACUAUGGCCUGAACACUUUAAGUCACCACAUCCCUGUAAUUCACCUAGAAACCAACACAGUCGAGAUUCAGUUCUCUGUCGCCCAAGAAAUGAGAGUCACAGCCAACCUGAUAGAAGUGGAAUCUGAUCGAGAGAUGCCGGAAUUCGUUUUCACCCAGACCAAGGAUUCGGUGGUCAGCUUCAUAGUCAACUGCCCGUCCGUAGGGUUCUACAAACUACAGCUGUAUGCCAUCCCAGUCAACGACCCAAGCCAACAGCUACCAGGGGUCUACAACUACCUGAUCAACUGUCAGAAAAAGACCAAGAAUGCCUACCCCUUCCCCAAACAGUACGCCCAGUGGAAGGAAGGCUGCUACAUGUGGGAGCCGUUAGUCGUUCACAAGGAGAUAGGGAAACCCAAGGUCAAUUUCCACGUCAAGAUCCCCAAGGCCGAAGCUGUCGCCGUGGUAACGGAUCAGGAGUGGACCCACCUUCAAUCUUCGCAACCCGGAAUCUGGCAAGGGGAGGUCAAUCUGGCGCCUUAUUACGGAAAAGGCGUCAAGUUUACAGUGAAUGCAAACUUUGGAGGGGAUAAGACUAGUUAUGCAACCUUGCUGGAAUAUUCAAUUUAGAUAUAUAAGAAAUUGUUGACAUAAAUGAAGAUAGAUAUUUUCUUUGAGUAUAGGAAUAUGUAAACAAAUUUUCUCUUUAGCAAGCAAGCAUAAUUAUUGUAUUCACCUGCUUUGUUAAUCUCUCAAUACAAUACAUGUAGUAUUUUAUUUUUUUUAACCUAAUUAUCACCAAAAAAAGGGAUGUUUAAAGUUUGUCAUUUAACUGAAAUGAUAUUGUCUAAUGAUAUUGUGGCAUUAUAAGAUUAAAAUUUGAUACCAUCGACGUAACUAAUUACAUAGUUUUAAUAUUGGUGUCCAAAACUGCAUUGCAUAUGAUUUAUAUAUAUGUACAAGUAUGAAGGUGACUUGCAUAAAUUAAUUAGCAUCUUUCAUUUUUAUUUUUAGGGAUCAAUUUCUGUUUUCCAUUAUUUCAUGUAGCUGUUAUGUUAUUGGUUUAUAUUUUUGUUUUGGCUGACAAUAUUUUUUGAGACAGAUUUUAAUCAUAUUAGCUUGUGAAACAAGUGCUUUACAUGUACAUGUAUUCGUAUAGGAAUAUAUUUUUUAUUGUUGCUACUUUAUAGUUUUUUUCCCUCCAAUUAAAAAACACAAAAUUAAAUGCUCUGUUUUAUACAUGCUUUUGUAAAGCAUCUAUUUCUUAUACAUAUUACUAGUUUCUUACAUUUUUUUUGAUGAAUUAUGUACAAAUGAAAUUAGGUAUUUUAUUUUGUAUCUGGCUGAGAAUAACACCCCUGCAUGAUAUUUUUAUUUUUCACAUUCAAUUUAAAGCAAAAAAUGAUUCACUUUAAAAAGGACAUGUUUGAGUUGACAAUGUAAGUGUUUAGGUAAAACCUUCAUUGAUGAACAAUGUUUUGUAUUUUUUUUUUUUUUUUUUUUUUUUUUUUUUUUACAAAUGUGCAAUUCUAUUUCAGCGUUAGAUGUACUUUCUGUUAACAUUUAAAAUCCUUCAUCACCAUCACACCACUUGAAUUUUUUUAUGCACUAGUCAUUUAGGCUCAAAGUGUCUGUUUCAGACGAAAUUCAUGAGAUGUAUGUACAUGUACUUAUGUCACAAGGCUGGCAUUGAUGGCCUACAGCAAAGCUAAUCUUUGAAAUUAUUACCCACACUAUCCUGACAAAUUUUUGAUGUGCACAGUCCUUAGCUAGUUUAAUUUAAGAAAUGAUAUGGUAAUUUGAAAAAAAUUAAACUCUAAUGAAUAUACAUGGAAAUUAUGUUUUAAAAAACCUAUAGUCCUUUAUCUCAGUUCUUAUUUUCAAACAUAAUGUUUUGAAGACCCCUUAGAUAUUACGUUGAUAACGCUUUGGGGCCAAGAUGUGUUCAACAACAGAAAGUUUGUUUUGGAGCUAGAUGCCAUUGGAAUGUGUUGUUUUGGCCCUGAGGUGUUCAAAUUGAAUUGAUUCUUCCAUUGAAAUGUGAUUUAGUAUUUAGUCCAUUUAGUUAAAAAAAAUAAACUUGUCGUAUACUGUUGUGCAUCUCCAUUUAACUUACUUUUGAGCAAUACGCAUACAUUUUUUGUUGAUUUUUGACAGUAUAAUUCUAUAUACAAUGUGUUGUCCUGUUAAUUGUAGUAACGCGCUAAGACUGUUACAAUGUCUUGAGAGAUCUGUGUCAAUUUUAUCAAGCUUUAUAGUUAUAGGCACAAUAAAAAGCUUACUCAAUAUGA